GCCCUCCCUCCCGGCCCACCCCGCUGCCGCCCAGCCCUCCCGGCUCUGUGGCCUCGCGACCGCCCCCUGCGCUCAGGGAGCUUCUAGACCAAGUUCGGGAGGCCCAAGAUGGCGCCGCUGGGCUCUGUUUUCUUUGCUCUGGGCCGCAGUCCUCGGAGGUUUUUCAGUUGUGGAAUGAAAUUAUAUCAAAACUUUGAAGCUUUUCAGGCUGAAUUCUUUCCACCCCUUCUAAAAGCGAUGCUACCACCUAAUAGUUUUCAAGGAAAAGUGGCGUUCAUUACUGGGGGAGGUACUGGUCUUGGUAAGGGAAUGACAGCUCUUCUGUCCAGCUUAGGUGCUCAAUGUGUGAUAGCCAGCCGAAAGGUUGAUGUUUUGAAAGCUACUGCAGAACAAAUUUCUUCUCAAACUGGAAAUAAGGUUCAUGCAAUUCAGUGUGAUGUGAGGGACCCUGAAAUGGUACAAAACACUGUUUUGGAACUGAUCAAAGUCGCAGGACAUCCUAAUAUUGUGAUAAACAAUGCAGCAGGGAAUUUUAUUUCUCCCACUGAAAGACUCUCUCCUAAUGCUUGGAGGACCAUAACUGACAUAGUUCUAAAUGGAACUGCUUUUGUAACACUAGAAAUUGGAAAGCAACUAAUUAAAGCACAGAAAGGAGCAGCGUUUCUUGCUAUUACAACCAUCUAUGCAGAGACUGGGUCAGGUUUUGUAGUACCAAGUGCUUCUGCCAAAGCAGGAGUGGAAGCCAUGAGCAAGUCUCUUGCAGCUGAAUGGAGUAAGUACGGAAUGCGAUUCAAUGUGAUUCAACCAGGGCCUAUAAAAACCAAAGGUGCCUUUAGCCGUCUUGACCCAACUGGAGCAUUUGAGAGAGAUAUGAUUGACAGAAUUCCCUGUGGUCGGCUAGGAACUGUGGAAGAACUCGCAAAUCUUGCUGCUUUCCUUUGUAGCGAUUAUGCUUCUUGGAUUAACGGAGCAGUCAUUAGAUUUGAUGGUGGAGAGGAAGCUCUUAUUUCAGGGGAAUUCAACAGUCUGAGGAAGGUCCCCAAAGACCAGUGGGACACAAUAGAAGGACUCAUCAGGAAGACAAAGGGCUCCUGAGACCACUCUGGCCUUCAUCUUGGUUACACUGGAAAUGAUACAGACUUUCUGUAAUCUUUUGAUUAUUUUCAAGCCUAAUAAGUUGUUAAUUAACAAACAUUCAUUGAAUAUGUAUUAUGUGCCAGGCCAAUGGUGGAUACACACUGUAUAUUCAAAGGUAUAUAAGGUUGGGAUAUCAUCCCUCCAAACAUUUUUUUUUAAUUAAAAAAGGAGGAAAUGAAUGAAGAAUUAAAUUAGAGGUAAAAAGUGCUUGGAGCUACAGAGAAAGGAACAGAUAUUUGUAACCUGGAAAAAUCAGGAGCAUCUCAACAGUGCAAGUAGCAUUUGAGUUAUAUAUUAAACAAAGCCUAUGGUAAUGGGGUCUAAAAGAAAGAAAGUAGAGGAUUUUCAGUAGAUUUAAUGGACUCUUCCUUUCUAUUAUGUUUCCUUUUCAUUGGACUUGUGAAUUAUCUUCUUUAGAUAGCUCACUAUUAUUUCAAACACAUUUUUACUAAAGCUUAUUUUGCAACCAGACAUUUUUCUAGUACUAGGGAUAAAACACAAAUCAUCUACAGCAUGUGCCCUCUUGAAACUCAUUAUCUAGUGGGACAGAAAGACCUGUAAAUAAUUAUGUAUAAUGUAUUGUGAUAAAUAUUAUUCUAGCAGUAUUAAAGUGUGGAGAAGGAAGUAAUUCAUUCUGUCUCCAGAAUGUAGAGAAAGUGACACUUUGGAGAUUGCAUUCCAUUUCAGCUUUAAAAGAAUAGAUUUCUCUUGGUAGAGAAGAUGAACAAAGCUUAUAAAAUAUUUUUUAUAUAAUUAAUAUCAUUUCAUAUUUGGUUUGACUAAUAUGUCAUCCUGAGAAUCAAAUAACAAGAAAGCCAUAGUCUCAAGUCCAUAUAGCUAUAAUUUUGAGCUUAUAUUAAAAAAAAACUCUGUUUUGCUUUCUUAGGAUUGCCUUCUCAUACGCUCACUGGACUCUCCCCAUUGCCCAGUUACGAAGAGAUGGGACCAGGUUCCAUCUCACCUUCCCUGAAUAGAUCCAUCAUGCAAAGGAAUAGUUUUCCAAUUUGAAUUUAUAUGCUGUAAGCUCAUAUGGAAAUCCUUACAUUGACAGUUGAUUAUGUACAUAAAUUACAUUGAAUUGUGUCUACUAAGUGGGUAAUGUUACACGUUUGGAAUAAUUUGCAUUUCUCCUGAUUACUAAUAAAGUUGAUUACUUUUAUUGUU